CAGGUCCCAAGGUCCCAGACUUGAUAUAUAAACAGGCCAUGGUCUACAAGUGAAUGCGACUCUGCGGACUCCCUUCCUACUCACAGGAUGAAAACCAUUCAGACUCUGCUUUUUGUGGCUUUCAGCCUCUCUCUUGCCCAGUCCUUGGACUACAAGGCACUCAACCAAUUUAGAAAUAUGAUCCUGUGUGUGAUGCCUGAUAGCUGGCCUGUCAUGGACUAUGCCGACUAUGGUUGCUUCUGUGGAAAAGGAGGCUCUGGAACACCUGUGGAUGAUCUGGAUAGGUGCUGUGAGGUGCAUGACCAGUGUUACUCUGAUGCCAUGCAGCAUUCUGAGUGCUGGCCUAUUAUCGACAACCCUUACACCGAGUUCUACGACUACAGCUGUGACGAAGCAAACAGGAAAGUCACCUGUGGCCAAGACAACAAUGAAUGUGAGAUGUUCAUCUGUGAGUGUGACAGGAAGGCUGCCGAGUGUUUCUCCAGAUCUCCCUGGAUCCCAGAGCAUGAGCACCUGCCUAGUGACCAAUGUCAGUAAAGCAAAAAACUUUAGCAUUAAAUUCGGGAUUUAUGCUUUGAGGCAACAUUUUUGUUUUUGUUUUCAAAAAUGAAAAAUUGUCAAUUUCCUGAGGAAUAUUUGGCUAAUUUUAAAUAUUCACAUAGACGUCAUACAUUUUUAAGUACAGAGUGUUCUUUUUUCUAUUCGGGAAACAUGACUCUGUGUGACCUUUAACCAUCAUUACUCCCUCUCUGUGCAGAAUGAUAUAUUCUGGGUUUGUAAUUGUAAAUUUGUCCUCCUGACAAUAAACAAAUUGAGCUCUG